GGCAGUGGCUCGCACAUCCAUCUCCACGCCUCCUCCUUUCCCCUUUCACACCUCCCCUCAUCUCUCCCUCGUCAACACAGCCGCGACUCCGUUCUCCCUUCCUCUUCACCAUGGAAAACCACCUCCCAGGCGUCGCCAGCAGGAGAGGAGCCGGCUCCGCUCUCCUACGCACCCACACAAACAUCGUCGCCUUGGGUGAGGAGUUCGUGGGAGGAGAAGCCGAGAAGGUCGGGGAGUGGGAGGAGGAGGAGGAGUUAGUUCAGCAGAUCAGCAGCGGCAGUGCCGGGAGAGGAAGGGCCAUGGCGGCGGCGGCUUUCGGACUACGCGUUGAGCGGUAUCUCUCCGUGCCGCCGGGACGGCAAGCCCAUGGAGAAGCGCGGUCACCCCGGUACAUGGCCGUCUUCCAUCUCCAUCUGCUGCUCCCCACUCCUGCCGUCCCAUGGCCUGCGUCGCCGCUUCUUGGUUGUUCCCACCUGCUGAUACUACUCGGAUCCCUUGGCUAUUCAGUUCCUGUCUCCACAUCUUUGCAAAGUUUCCUGAAUGGACUCAAGAGUUAUGACUGUUGAGUUAGUAUGUCUGUUGUGCCACCGAAGUUGUUUAUACUGAUAGGUAAUAGCAAUAAAAUAGUUCAUUUGAAUGAUUUGUUUGCAGCAGGCAUCUUUCCAUCAAGAGAUCCGUGAAUAAAAGCGGCCUUUCUGGGAUUGUCAAGGCGGUGUUCAAACCUGGUGGUAAAGACCUACAAAAAGUUUGAGGUGGAAAUUUACGUCCUUGCCAAGGAUGAAGGUGGUCGCCACACUGCCUUCUUCUCAAAUUACAACCCAUAGUUCUACUUCAGGACAGCUGACAUAUGUGGGAAAAUUGAGUUUCCUCCGGACGUGAAGAUUGUUAUGCCUGGUGACAACGUAACUUCAAUCUUUGAGUUGAUGUUGCAUGUUCCACUAGAACCAGGGCUAAGAUUUGUGCUGAGGGAAGGAGGGAGGACCGUCGGCUCCGGAGUCAUUGCCGAAGUCAUGAGCUAAUAACAAAUGUUCCAGACCUUUCUCUUUUUACUUCUCAGUUAAUUCUAUGAUUUUUUUUCUAAGGAUUACAAUGCUGCAAAUCAAAUGUCCACCGUAGGAAAAACAAAUUAAGGUUCUAAAUCCUACAAUUUUUUAAAAUAAAAUUUCUACGAAUCAAAGGAGCCGGUAGAGUAGAAGCAUGCAACACACUAGCUACUUUUGCGUUUGAAGUAUGAGUACGGACAGAAGCAUCCCUCCGACUUAUUAGUGCAUCUCCAACGCCUUGCCGUAAAACGUCCAGGCCGACUUGUUCGGACGCACUUUGCCAUCCAAUGCGGACCAUAUUUCGUCCGUUUUCCCACAAACUGGAAGCAAACCUGGGAGACUGUGUGGGAGUCUAGAUCCCAUUGAAUCAAUAUUUAAGUAGCAAUACUAUGGGAUCUUGGAGACCUCAGAUGUAGGUGAGGAUGAGGUGCCAGAUAUGAAAUUAUGAAGGAUGAGACAUGUCUGAUGAAGAAGGCUUGGCUAGGAAUAUGCCUGGGUUUUUGUCAAAUGCAAGCCGCACUUCAUAUUUUUUUCAAAUGGAUUUUCUUACCAAAUAAUUGUCUCUUACGUGGAUAUACUUUGUGUUAAACCCAAGAAAUAAAAGGAUGAUAAGAGGUACAGGCAGGGGUGCCCAUUUGAAUCUCAAGCAUGCAGAGAAAGCAGGGGUACUUGUUCAAAAGAUUCCAACUAUGAUUGACAACUUGAUAGACAAGACAUUUGCCUGGGAGGAUGAAAGCAAUACACCAUUUCUUUAUGACGUGGUUCACAUGGUUGCCAUUUUGGAAGAGCAAAAACUCAGGAGAGUACAGAAAGAGGAAGAUAAGCGACAAUACCGGAUAUAAAUUCCACAUCCUCUGCACUACACUCACAACAGAAGUCAUCAGUCUUGUUCACUGACUCUUAACAGAGGACCAGAAGAACCUGUACAAUCUAUUGCGUAAAGAGAAUGAGAUGAUAUUUGGGUCCAAGUCUGUUCCGAGGAAGAUAAGCAGUUUUAACAGGAGAACGAGGCUGGUUUCAUGACUCCGAUGCCCACACCCGAGCUUUUGACUCCACGCUCGUACUCUGGACGGUACAACAAUUACUUCAAGGAGAACCGGCGGAUGACGGUGGCACCACUCAACUUCUCGGUGGCUUCCAAGGAUGACAUGUUAUCCUUUGCCUCCAUGAGCGGCUCGGAGCCUGAUUCUCCAUUGGUUUUGCACUGAGCAUAAGACAGCGAUGGGGUGGCGGGCCGCACCUGUGCCCAUGUUGUCACUGACAAUCCACUUGGUCGUCGCCGACUAGGGUUGCCGUGCGGGAACUACGUGUUGACCACGGCGUGCCCGUAUGAUGCUCUACUUUUGAAACCUGCCAUCAGUUCCUUUUGAUUUACUAUUGUCUUUUGUUAUCACUGAUCUUAGUGUCCAUACUGUCACUGUUAGUAUCUAUGUUGUCACUCAUUAUACUGCUCCUGUUUAUACUGCUCCAGUCAGCAACUUGCACCUGUGACUAUUUUCAUAUUACUAUCUUGUUGCUCUCAUGCAAAUACGAUAUGCAACACUAACAAAGCUUGUAUCCAGAAGACUAACCCAAAGAAUAAAAAAGACAGUGGAAGGGGCGCAUCCCACCUGGUACCGCCCCAACUUCCUCUCGGGCGGUGCACCAAGGGUGCACCUCAAUGGUGGUGGAGCUCCCGGUGAUUCAAUGGAUGACUAUGGACGCAUGGCCGAGUCCACCACCAUUGAGUGUAUGUACAAGUUCUGCAGGGCAGUGGUGGCAAUGUUUGGACCUCAAUACUUGCGAUCACCCAAUGCCGGUGAUUCAAUGGAUGACUAUGGACGCAUGGCCGAGUCCACCACCAUUGAGUGUAUGUACAAGUUCUGCAGGGCAGUGGUGGCAAUGUUUGGACCUCAAUACUUGCGAUCACCCAAUGCUGAAGACACUGCUCGGAUCCUAGCACAGAAUGCAGCAAGAGGAUUUCCUGGUAUGCUUGGAAGCAUCGACUGCAUGCAUUGGAAAUGUAAAAACUGUCAAUUUGCUUGGCAGGGGAUGUACAAAGGCGCCAAAGGCGGUUGUAGUGUCGUACUUGAGGCAGUGGCCACACACGACCUCUGGAUUUGGCACUCCUUUGGUAUGCCAGGAACUCACAAUGAUAUCAACGUACUGCAGUGCUUCCCUGUCUUUGCCAAGCUUGUUGAAGGUCAUGCUCCUCCUGUGAACUUCGAGGUCAAUGGGCGCCACUACAACAAGGGAUACUACCUGGCAGAUGGCAUCUAUCCGAGAUGGUCCACGGUGAAGACAAUCUCAAACACUGUGCCAGGAGGCAAGAACUCCUACUUUGCCAAGUGUCAGGAGGCUUGCAGGAAGGAUAUCGAGCAGGCAUUUGGUGUGCUUCAAUCUCGAUUUGUUGUUGUCCGGUACCCCGCUCAGACCUGGUUGAAAGAUCAAAUGUGGGAGGUCAUGACUUGCUGUGUCAUCUUGCACAACAUGAUCAUUGAGAGCGAGCAGAAAGAGUCAGUGUUUGACACUGAGCCAUAUUACAGGCAGGGUCCUCUUGCCCAAGUUGAUCACCAGCUACCGGCAACCUGGACUGUCUUCCUCAAUAUGUGUCAGAAGAUCCAAGACCCACAGGUGUAUCAACAACUGCAGCAAGAUGUGGUGGAGCACCUAUGGAAGCUCAAGGGCAACGCCUAGCUCAACGUGUGAUGAAAUAUGAGUUUUUAUUAUUUGUUGAACUAUUUAAUUUAUAUUGAUUUUCUGUGAUGAACUAUGUGAUUAAAAAUAGCUUAUGUUGAAUUUGUGCCAAGUA